AUCGACGCGUUGUUGUUUGUUUUUUCAUUCGGCGUCGAGCGUCGUCCUUGCGAUUCAAUUUUAGUUUGAUGCUGCGCCUCGCGCUAGAUGCACAACACAAACAGAAACACAGUCUCGCGUUCAAUAUUUACGUCUUCCGCAAAAAAUCUAAAACGAUAUUAAUUUUGAAAAAUUUUUAUCUAUUUUUCACAAACUUUUCGCAUUAUCACCAGUCAAGUGCUUUCACCUUGUAUAUGGGUAUCUAUACUUAUCAAGUAUCAUCAAAUUAGCCAAUUUAAUCGUAAUUUGAUAAUAUAUUGAUAAUACACUCCAUAUAAAUAAAUACAUAGAAAUUGCAGUUUAUGCUGACUGUCGUAUAGAUAAUUUUACCGGCGCGCGUGGAUGUUAAGAAAAUGGUAGCUACCGUAAAAGUGGAAGAAGGAUUGGUCGAGGGUACGACAAGGACCAGUACUAACGGCAUUCCUUUUCAUUCGUUCACAUGUAUACCAUACGGAAAAGCACCAAAGGGCAAUUUACGCUUCAAGGCACCACAACCAGUUGAGCCCUGGCAAGGAGUUCUUCACGUUAAUCAUGAAGAAAAUUGUUGUGUUCAACUUGAUAUGUUAACGUAUAAACUGUGUGGUUCUGAAGAUUGUCUCAGCUUGCAUGUAUUUACCAGAAAAAUACCUAGUGAAGAAAAUAAACUUAAACCAGUAAUGGUAUACAUCCAUGGGGGAGGUUUCAUGAUGGGCAAUCAUAGUACAUCCGUAUAUGGUCCAGAACAUCUUAUGAUGGAGGACAUCGUACUCGUCAGUGUCACCUAUAGAGUAGGAAUCUUAGGCUUUCUAUCUUUAAGUGACCCUUCCCUCGAUGUACCAGGAAACGCUGGAUUAAAAGACCAAGCACUAGCUCUCAGAUGGGUCCAGAGGAAUAUCAAAUAUUUCAACGGAGAUCCUAAUAAUGUCACGCUGUUUGGAGAAAGCGCAGGUGGAGCUUCCGUGGAGUAUCAGCUUCUGUCUCCUACUACCAAGGGCUUAUUCCAUCGGGCGAUUAUUCAGAGUGGAUCAACUUUAAAUCCAUGGGCGAGAGGUUGUUUAGAUCCUGCUGAUCUAGCCAAUUUUAUCGGUAAGCCAAACAUCAGCGAGAAGGAACUUCUCAAAAUUUUGGAAGAAAAAUGUGCGCAUGAUCUGUACCACAUACAAAGGGAUUAUAUAAAAGCAAAAGACAUUGUAGGAGACUUCGGCAUUAUUUCUCCAGUAGUAGAAAAACCAAACCCCACAGCAUUUUUGACCAAGGAUCCAAUGAAAGUGAUACAAUCCGGGGAAUAUAACGCAGUACCAGUGAUAAUAGGAUUCUGUGAUUAUGAGGGUGGUAUAUUUAGUGCAUUCGAAAAGAUGAAUGGAGACAGAGAUAUUAGCCAUCAACUACAUACCGAGAGGUUGCUUCCCACAGAAACUGACUUUUCAGAUACAGAUCUGGUUAAAAAGCUGACUAAAAUCUUGGAUAGUUACUAUAAAAACGAGAAAAACAUAAAUGACCCAUACUUGUUGUUAGGAGACUCAUAUUUUAUUGCUGGAGUACUAACAUCUGUAAAAAAUCAAGCAAAAGUUUCUCGGUGUCCAAUUUAUCUUUAUAAAUUUACUCUAGACACCAAGCUUAAUACAUUUAAAGGAAAUUUUGCCACUGAUAUGAGAGGUGCCUUCCAUGGAGAUGACAUAGCCUACUUUUUUAAAACAAGUCAAAACCCUGACGUAGGAGACGCCGAAAGGAAUGCUCAGCAGAAAUGCAUUGCCUUAUGGACAAAUUUCGCCAAAUACGGAAACCCGACUCCAAAAGGAUGUGAUUUGGGUAUUGAAUGGAAACCCAUUGAAGGAGAAAAACUUAACUAUCUUAAUAUUGGAGAGGAAUUAAAAAUGGAAGUUAAUCCAGAAGAGGAGAGAAUGCAAGUGUGGGAGCAGGUGUACAAAGCUAAUCCCAAGACUGCUUUUUAUUGUAAUUAAUAUGUUUCGACAUGUUCUUGUAUUUAUUCUUAAAAUAUUUAUUUUUAUAUGGACCCGUUAACAAAUUAAUAUGCAUGUAUAUAAAGUAUUACUAUUUUUAAAAUUUUUAUUAAUAAAUUAAAUAUAUUUCUAGAAAAACG